UACCUUGAGAGCCACUCUGAGAGAACUAACCUACGUUUAAAGUACUGAAUUGCUAUAAUAAAGGGCGGAGCGGAAGACAUCCGAUUUUUUUUUUUAUCUCUUCCCUUUUUCCUUUUUUCUUUUCGUCAUUCAUCAUAGUUUCAGUGGCAUCCUAUUGUUGGUUGUCCUAAUAUCUAUUAUAACCAAAUGGCUCCUGACAAUCCAGUGACAAGAGCUUGUGUACACAUACUGACUUUUGUGUUAGGCUUAAUUGCUCCUAUAGCCAUAUCCUACCUUGUGUACUAUGUGUGGACUGGCGAAACAGCGGUCAUCCACCACCUAUUGUCAAAUUCAACACCAGCAUGUGUCGCAACACACAUUCCACUGCUGACUAGUCUUAUUCACUACUGGUUAGCAGCUGAAGUCAUAUUUUUCUUCAAUUUCUGGAACAAUCGCCGCAUUUUACAACGAACAUCGCCACCCAUUACCACAUCCAAGGCAGAGCGGACCGUCUUAUUUUGGAACUGUGUCCACACCAUACAAGAUGUUGAAGAAUGGUUUUGUGGAUGGUUUUAUAUUGACGAUGGCAAUAAUACCAGAGCAACUUUCGACCAAAUUCGCAGAGGCAAUGUCGAGACUUGGUUCGCUUGGGCUUUUUGGAGUCGACCAUUGGAAAUCGUCAAAAGCAAAAGGACGUGGUCCAACGAGUUGGCUUGGAUGGUGAAGACGGCUGAAACUCAUUUCGGCGUCCACUUUGAAGACGGUAUAUCUCCCGAAAUUAAAUGUAUUCGACUCAGUUUGGAUCCUGUCAACGCCAUCCAUCGACCUCUCAUCUUUUACAUCAUUAUUUAUAUGGCAACCAUGAUUGUGAACUUAUUUCUUCGGCUUCAAGGCUUCCAGCGCUGUAAUUUGCCGUAUUCUCUUUCAUGGGGUGGUGUCUUUGGAUUUGACCCGGCUAUGCUUUGGAAAUCCCUUUGGCGAGAUCAAACAGACGAAGCCAUGAAAAAAGUUGUCUAUUGGUACAAACCACCAUCCCCAGACUCCAACAGAGAAACACCCAUCGUGUUCAUUCAUGGAAUUGGUGGUAUGCUGUUUUAUUCUGAUAUAAUUCGACGUUUGACAGCCUUGGAUCGACCCAUGUUUUGCGUUGAAUUGCCGUAUGUGUCAAUGCACCAAGUUGAAGUCGUACCCACCACAACGGAAACCAUUACUGAAAUAUCAGAAAUGCUUGAUCACCAUGGAUACAAAAAAGCCGUGUUUGUUAGUCACUCCCUAGGAACGGCUGUUUCUAGUUGGAUGAUGCAACAGGCUCCGAAACGAGUGGCAGGCGUUGUCAUGGUGGAUCCCAUUGUUUUUUUACUGCACUACCAUUCCAUUGCGUAUAACUUUGUGCAUCGUUCACCUAAACGUUUCAUGGAGCAUAUUGUUUACUAUUUUGCUUCCCGCGAACUUCAUAUCUCGCACUAUAUCUCACGCCAUUUUCAGUGGUUUCAAACCGCUCAUUUUGUACAAUCCGCCUCCACUUCUCGGCCCCCUAGCCCAGUCUCUAAGCGUUCAAGUACAGCCGCCGUACCCCUAACUGUUUUCUUAUCCGAAAGCGAUAACCUUGUGGAUAGCCCUAGAAUACACAAAUACCUUCUAGAUAACAACGUAGAUUCUCGAGUCAUGCCUGGCUUAGAGCAUGCAAGCUUCCUGCUCAAACCAACAUGGCUCAGGACAAUCGUAGACCAGGUCUCUUUAAUAUGCGCAUCCGCAGAUUUACCAUCUGACUCUGGCUACACUUCAUGUACAUAACCUUUUCCUGAUACCAUUCCUCCGUUCAAGCUUUAUUUAUACAUCAUAAUAAAACAACUUUGUACUUUGACAUCAUUCUAGUUUGACAAAAAAAUUUUUUAGCGAU